GUAAGUUACCAUCUGAAGCGCUCAUUUGCCACUGAAGAGGGCGUCCAUUCAAUUGAGUUGCAACUCAGGGACGAGAGUAUUGCGCUGUGCAUUUGGUGGGAUGAGUGAGUUGACCUGCUCACCAAUAAAUCUAUUAGGUCAGGUGGAUUGAGGUGAGGAAGGCUCAAGUGAUUUGCUCCCCUGGAUCCUCAAAAAGUAAUGGGGAGAGCUCCUCUUGAAAUAUCAAUGACAUCAACGAGUACAGUCAAGAUUGAUCAGGCCAUCUACAAGCCUCACUAGUUACAAUGGCUCUGUCAUGAGACCAAAUGAUCUGAAGAGACAAGCAGAUGCUCAAUUGCCCUCGCAAGCUGGUGCAAAGAGAAAAGACUUCGGUUCCAGGCAGCCUGGCAAGUCUAGCAAUAAACAAGAGCUGCAUAACGACCGCUACUACAUCCGCAUUCUCAAGCUUAAGCUGGUCAAGCACUGCUUGACGGUCGUACUCACCAUCGCUACAGAUCUGGGAGAGUCUAGCUAUCCUCAUGCUCAACAGCUGGCAGUAGAGAUAUGCUCAAAAGCCAAGACGCAGACAGAGACGGCCGAAUGGGCUGGCACGCAUGCUGUUCAGACGAUCAAGGUCAAUGAUGUAGCGCAAGACCGAGAUAUUGUCGUCCAUGUCAGGCCUGUUCCCCAAGACCAUUACAUCUCAGCAUGUAGUCAACCUUCAGCAGGGGCUCUGGAUCAACAAACAACCAGACAUGUUGCUGGCCUCGACCUCAUCGAAUCGACCAGAGAGACCAUUGCUUCACAUGUAUGGGAUGGUGGCGUCUUGCUUGCUGAGCGUAUCGCAGGAGGACAAGAACUUGAAAAAGCCGAUCGCGUUCUAGAGCUCGGCACAGGCGUCGGUCUCGUUGGUCUUGCCAUUGCAAAGCGGCAUCCAGGAGCUCAAAUCACACUGACAGAUCUCGAAGCUGCCCGAGGACUCGUUGAAGCCAACAUUUCUGCAAACAAUAUACGGCAAUGUACGUUUGAAGCACUAGAUUGGGAAGCUCCGCGAGGCGUUGCAGACUUGGAUUGGAUAGUCAUGGCAGAUGUCACCUACAAUAGCAGCUACCACGCUUCACUUCUUGCUACGGUUGCAAAGCUGAAAGAAGCAAGUCCGCAAGCAAGACUGUUGUUUGCGUCCAAGAACCGGCAUGUGGACGAAUUGGCAUUCAUGGGUGCGCUCAGAGACAGGUAUACGCUAAUUGCCGAGCACGUCUAUACCAGUCUAGGAGAGCUGGUGCAGGGUGAUUUGAAAAUUGGACAUGUACAGAUAUUGCAGCUGCAGUGACGCGGCUUGUUCAUAGCAAGAGACUCUAGACCUGGUCGAAAGAGACAAGACUUGCUCUCCUUCUCGCCCGUGACACAACCCGUGACACAAGGGAAGGGUUUUGACACAACUAUCUUACCCCCGAGAAUGCAAUGUCUGAACGACUGAUCUAGAGAUUCUGUACAAAACACACUUGGUGCACUCGACAAGAAGCCACGAAGGAAUGCAAAAUUGGAUUGGAUAGCGAUGGCUGACGAUGACUACAACAGC